CGACCCGCCAUUAUCGUUUGCAAGGUAGGAAUAGAACCGGACGCUUCUCUUUCGCAAUUCUCAUUUGGGAAGGUUUUGUUGCCGGCAAUUGGUCACGUGUAGUUUUUAAUAAAUCCAAAUUCAUCCUCUUAACGAAAUGGCCGAUGAAUAUUUUUUCGCUCUUACAUUGAAAGGAAAAAGCAGUUCAGAAAUAUGGGAUCCUGAGGCAAAAGGAGCGGGCGAAGAGGAUUACCAAGGAGGACACAAACUUAUAAUUAAACAGGCCCUUCUAGGACCCGAAGCCACGGAAGGUGAAGUGAAUGUUGUGCAAGUAGAGGCGAUGACAUGGAAAGAUUCAGUUAAAGUGCCAGUAGCCACUUUAAAAGCUGGGGGAGCAAACAAUCAAGUGUUGUUAGACCUCUCAUUUCCAGACCCGCCAGUGACAUUUACCUUGGUGCAAGGAAAUGGUCCUGUACAUAUUAUUGGUCAUCAUCUUAUCGGAGAUCCAAUUGAAGAAUUUCAUGAAAUAGAUGAAAUGGAUGAAGAAAUGGAUGAUGAGGGUGAAGAGGGUGCUGUGAUAGAAACUUCAUUAGAUCAAAAGUUUGGAAAGCAGCUGGGAGAUCUAAUUGCAAGCAAAUUGGGUGAUGAUGAGGAAAGUAGAAAAGUAAAUGGAAAGUCAAAGGAAGAAGAGGAAGAGGACGAGGAGCCCAAAACAAAAAAGGCGAAAACGGCAAACUCGAAAGGGAAAACGCCAGUGAAAAAUAAUGCCAAGGCCAAGAAGUAACUUCUUGUAUUUUAAGUUAGGUUUUGUAAUGUCACUGGUAAUGUAUGUUUCUUUUAUCUUGUGAUUAUCAUUUAAUGGACAGUACAGUUUUUGUAGUAAUUGAUAAUAUUUCAUGAAUCAACGUAACCUUUAAAGUAUUGUAAAAUUAUUGCGUUCCGGUAAGUUUUAUAUUAAACUUCACGUGAGAUAUCCAUUCGGUAAUCAUGAAAAACCAAUGUUGUAAAUAUACAAUCUCAUUAAAAUAGUUUUUUUCUAG